CUGAAUGUUUAUGAAUAAAAAAAAUAUUUCACAAAACUUUGCUUGAUUUGAAGUGGAUUUACAAAAAAAUUCUCAAAAGACAAAAUAGUUCAAACCUUUCAAUUUUUGUCACGCGUUUAGAAAACACCCUGUUUAAAAAUCCUAAUAAUUUUCAUUACUGUAAAAGCAAGACUUAUUAUUCGCGUCACAAACUCACGAACUACCACGCAAACUAAGUUAUAACGUAAACUCACAAUUAGUAACACCACGUUUUCGCAAAUAUGGACACUUAGAUACUUUUGUUAAUGCAUCAAUUUAGAUUUCCUUAUGUUAGCUUGCCUGAUAGCAUGAGUUCACGUGACAUGACAAUAACGGGUUUCGUCUUCAUAAAUAUUGAGUGUUUCCUGUAUACUGCCCACAAAUUAAAAACAAAAAAACUGCCUAAAACCUGUCUUCCACGCCGCAUCUGCAUACACUCAGACCACAAAACUGAUACCGCGUCAUUUCCAGCUACACCAGCAUACCUCCUACCCGCUCAUCCUCCUCAAAAUGCUCCCGCGACGACCCCCGUUGUCCACCCGCUGCCCCUUUAUCCCCUUCGUCCACCAACUUUCCCCGAAAAUCCCGUGACUCCACCAUGUUUGACACCUGUCAAACGUUGACCGCGGCUCCGAAAUGCACCGAAGUGGCCGAAAAGUUGGCACAACUAUUCGGAUGGAGACAGACAUACAACGUGGAGAAGCUCCAAAGACAUGUAGCGGGGAGGUCUACCACCAGGAUCAGUAUUACGAGGCCUUCACCGACUAGGGAGAGAUUGGCGAAGGACGAAAAGGGUGCUGACUCAUGGGUGUCCGUUCACAACCUCCAAUCCCAAGGUGGAGGCAUUUUGGACCCGGACGACCGGUUAAGUGACGUGGUCGAUGACAGAGAGCAGAUUUUGGCCAGCUUCGAGGACGGGGACGGCGCACAUCUACACGGGGGCGGCGAUGGAGCGAGUGGUAGUUCUGUGGGGACGGGCAGUCCGGACAUCUUCCAAGACGGUGACGGCCACAAAUACCCUCCACCGUACCCUCCCCGGCCAACAGACAUCGAGGUAACAGGGGAACAAAUCGCUUCCACCCUCCCAGUCCUCCAGGUCCGUCGAGGCAGCGAACCCACCCUGGCGCCUCUCCCUCCUACCUCAAUUCAUCCAAACGCCGCCCACACGAAACGAUGGAGCGCCGCCCCUGUCAUCAUGGAGCCGGUGGCCAGCUCGGGUUACGCGUCGCCAUCUGAUUGGCCGGAAGUUGAGGAAGACGACAAGGGUGGGGGUGGGUUCAGAAGGGUUGGCAGAGACGGUAGUAGCAGGUUGUCGGUGCAGUUUCUUGGCAUGGACGGUAGUGGGUACCGUUGGGCAGAGGCUGCUGAAAGGGCAGCCACUAGGAACCACAUCAGUACAUCACUACCUCGAGAAGCGCGUAGAAAAGAACCCCUUGGUCAAGCGAACAGCUCUCCAUCCCCUUCUUCCAUUGACAAUGGUGAACUUAUUGUGAUACGGAAUGAACCUGGUCCAUUAGGGAUUCAUGUUAUUCCAGACUACGAUACCUUAGGUAGAGAAAGAGGGCUCCUGGUCAAGGGAAUUGAACCUGGGGGACGAAUUGAUAGGGAUGGACGUUUGGCCAUAUACGAUCGAGUUAUAGAAAUCAAUGGAGAAAAUCUUAUAAACAUGCCAUUCCAAAGGGUACAAGAGUUGUUUAAACUUUCCCUUACUUCUCCCGAAUUAAGACUGAAAGUUAUCAAAGCUUCCGGACUAGAAGGGCUUCGGAAACCUCCACCGCCUGUGUAUCCAAAAUUUCCAGACGAUAAGGAGAAUAUGUCCAUGGUAGAAUGUGAACAGAAACAGAGUACAAACACAAAAGUGGCUACAGUAUCUCCAACUAAAAAAGUGCCUGCAAUUUCGAAAAACUUGAAGGGAUUGCUUACUGCAAAUACUAGGAAAAUAGGAAGGAAAAUAGAAAUAGAACUUACCAAAGGGCCUCAUGGAUUGGGAUUCAGUAUUACAACCAGGGAUAAUCCUGCUGGUGGGAAAUGUCCUAUUUAUAUAAAAAAUAUCAAUGCCAUGGGGCCUGCAAUAGAAGAUGGACGCUUAAAAAUCGGAGACAGAUUGCUAGAAGUUAAUGGCGUAGAAAUGAGUGGCAAAACGCAAAGUGAAGCAGUAGCUCUACUUAAAAGUCUACCUUUAGGCAGCAAAGUCAGAAUCGUUGUAUCUAGGCAGGAAGACGUCGUGGAGAAUACGUUACCAAGAAUCAUUGCAGUGGAACCUCGCGAAGAUGGCAAAGAGGAUGAAGACGAAGAGGAGUGCCCCCCUAGUGUGCCGCCGCUGCCCCAAACUCACCUGCAGGCGUUGCGUAACCUAAGGAGCCCCGAUUCGAAGGGGUCCGUCGCCGAAAUCGUGUCGAGGUUCCAGGAGCAGGCCAACGGCAGGCCAAAUCCCCCAGAACAGAUAGAUGAGAGCAUGGUGUUCCCAUGGAAACACCGUGAGAUCCUCACUUUCAACAUCCCUGUGCUUGACACGGAGAAAGCUGGGUUGGGAAUCAGCGUGAAAGGGAAGACCAGCGGAAGCAAAGACUUGGGAAUAUUCAUCAAGGGCGUCAUGUGCGGAGGAGCAGCUUCAAGAGACAACAGGUUAAGAACAAAUGACCAAUUGCUAAAUGUGAAUGGUAUAUCGCUCUUGCAACAAAGUAAUAGUGAUGCCAUGGAGACAUUAAAAAACGCCAUUCCACACACUGAAGGGCCUGUACCGGGGCAUAUUACACUGACUAUAGCUAGGAGAGCAUCAUCACCAGGUACUAGUAGAUCGUCGGAUCGCUUAAACGCAAGCAACAACACAAGCCUGAGCAGUUCAGCGAACGAAUUGGACGAGAAAACUACAGAAUCAGUGGACAACUCCGGCCAAUCCGGUCAUUCCGGACACUCUGGAGCUAGCAGCGGAUCGACAAAUACAGUGAUUUUCAACCCUCCGAACGGUUUAGGGCUGGAGAAGUCGCCGUCUGCCGGUCAGCUGAUGAACAGCAUGCACACAUGGAACCCAGUGCUGGAACGGCUGACGGGGAAUAGUAAUAAGCCGCAGUUGAGGAAUGAGAGCUAUUACAAGGCUACUCAUGAUACCUGGACUAGUAGUAUGUUAGGUAGUAGCUCUUUCGGCAACACGACUAGCACCAUUGUGAAUAUACCAAAUAAUGAACCCAUUCUGAUAGAAGAUGAGUAUGGAUCUAGGGUCAUCAAUCCACCAAAUCAACACAUAAACGUCCACAUCACGAACAAACCCACAUCCUCCCAGGCACUUCCGAAUCGUCCUCCUGCCGACAACCGCAACGAGCACGAACCAGACGGCAAAGCCAGCCUGUCGGGUUCUAACUCGAAUAGCGCCGACAAAAGCACGGACACCUCUUCGCAGACUACCAUCCAGAACGAUGCCACCUACGCCAGUCAGUUGUCUCUGGAGAACCCACAGGGAUUCACCAGGGACGCAUUCGGCAGGCAGAGCAUGUCCGAAAAGCGCCACGCUACCCUGGAUGCAAAGAGUACGGAUACUUACCAAAGAUCAAAGAAGAUACGGGAGGAGAGGAAGUUCAAAGAAACUAAUUUAGUACGAGUUGGUUCAGUGGAAUCUGUCAUUAGUGUAAACCGAUCAUCAGAACAUCCCGAACAAGCAGAUAAGCUUGGUCAGCUGGGUCCCAGCUUGGGCAUGAAGAAGUCUUCCAGUUUGGAGUCUUUGCAGACCAUGGUGCAAGAGAUCCAGAUGAAAGAAGAGGGUGAUCCAGCAUACAGUUAUAGAGGUCCAUCAGGAGCUUUAAAAGUUAUCAGGGGUAGAGGAUGUGAAGAAAGCUUCAGGGCUGCUGUUGUUGAUCCUAAUCAUCGAAAUGAGAUGGGUGCUAAAAAGCAUUGGUUAUUAGACGGUCCUAUGGACAAUGAACGCGAAGUGGAUGGAUUCAAUAACAUGAGAGGAGCUCCAAGACAGUCUUCUUUAAACGCAGCUCUAGACAACAAAAAUAAAUCAGGAAAGAAGAAACCAGGCAUCUUUAAAGGCAUCGGGUCCAUGUUCAGGUUCGGUAAACAUCGGAAGAUGGAGUUCCAGGAGCAACCGCAGCUCUAUCAUCACAUCAAUGAGUUCGAUUCGAAUGCCAACAUUCAGCCGCCAUCUAAAGCGGACAGCGACAAUCAAAGUCAGUUGACUCAGCCUGAUAGGACCAGUGAACAACAGCAAAAACAAGCAACUACACAUCACCAGCAACAUGGGGUAAUUUGGAAAAGAUGGGCAACCAUCCUCCUCAAAAAAUAACAAUAAACAACGACCCAAAAGAAUAAAAAAUGCGCUUAAACAACAAAAUCAGGAAAAACGCAAAAAGAUAAAAAAGUUGAAGGAAAGAAGUGCUGAUGUUAAGGUGAGGCAACCCCACAGGUUCUGAGGUUAGUAACAGUAUAACAUGUUAGGUACUGAGGUGGGAUGCACAUAUAUCAAGAGGUUAUAGGAUUCUAGGCGGUCAAGUUAUCAUAAAAAAUGACUCUUCUGGUAAUGUUACCUUUGAAAAUUUCAAAGUUCAACUGAUUUAACUUGACUGAUGCGAUGUCUCACUGUCAUCAUGACAUCUGGACUGUUUUCUCCUCAUAAAUACGCAACAUCUUAUCCACUGUAAUACAAUCUUCCCCCUUGGAGGCAACCGAUGACUCAUCAUUGUUUAAGGAAUUCUUAGCUGAAAUGUUUGCAGUGCAUCUUUUUUACAUAUAUGUUGGAUCUCUAACAUUAAUGUCAUAAAUGUCAUGGAGAUUUCAGUCUUUCCACAGUAGAUCUCUUUGAAAGCAGCUACUCUACACAAACAAUAGUACAUCCAAUUACCUCUCAUAACGAUACAUUUGUCUUAUUCAACUUAUCUUUUCUUGAAAGUGUCGAGUAAAAGCACCUAGCGUGCCCCUACAUCGCGGUAUGUACGGUUGCAUAGGUAAUCUAUGCGUUUAUUCCUGUGACAUACCAUCUUAGCAUCCACAAGUAGUAUACCUCUUGCCUCUUAACCUAUUACCUGUGAUGUGUCCUCAACCUUAAACUUUUUUGAAAAAGCGAGUAGGCUGGGAGCCGUGAGUUCGUUUGUCUGAUUGAAUCCUGGAUCAUACUGACAAGAUAAAACCGCGCUACAUAGAAUUGAUUUCUGAUAACCUAAUGAGAUUGCAAUUGUUUGUUAUUCCCGAUAUACUUUUGCAUAUCAGCAGCCCAACUCGCCGCUUACCCCACAUCACCAACAACAAGGCUCCCAGCCGUCCAACCUGCAUCACCACCAACAACAACAACAACAGAGCAGUUCACAUCACCACUCACCACAGAGUUCGCAGCUUCACCAACAUCAGAUGCAACAACACCAAGCUGCUACAGUACAUCACCAACACCAAAGCUUGCAUCUGCAACAGUUGCAUCCUCAGCAACCCCACCAAGUACAUCCAGUUAACAACGUCAACGCUCAGCAGCUGAGACUCAGUCCACAACAGAGGGAGUUGCAAGUUCGCAGGGAGCCUAUUUACCAGAGACAUGGGUAUGUCCAUAGAAAGACGGAACAGGCGAUUCCUGAAAAUACGAUAGCUCCGAAUCCAAAUGUUAAAUACAGACAGAAUUCAGGAGAAUUGAGGAGAAAUGAAAGGGAAACACAUAAGCAGAGAUCACACAGCAGGUACUAUCAAAAUGAAGACAGAGAUCUGUACGACCAACGACAUCCACAGCGAUCCGAUGCACCAAACCCCUAUACUACAGAAUAUGGCCGACCAGGCAGCAGGUCGGGCAUUAUAGACGCAGUACCCUUCACACAUUAUGUUAAUUACAAUGAGCUUCAGAAUCACCUCAGCCGUAAAGACCCCCCAUCUGACAGUCAGAUAGUUCAGAUGCGACUGCAGGUGCAACAGCAAAGGUUAAAGGUGGAGGAAGAAAGUCGGAAGCAACACCAGUACCAUUCCCAACGCCAAACGCGGCCAGACAACCAACUGCGCCCCGUCUCCAACUACUACGAGUACGAAUCCGUCCAGUCUGUGUUGAGCAGUCGAACGACCAAACAACAACAUAACCCUCCUCCUCCGGGUUACCAAGAUGCCAACUCAAACUCGCUGCCCAGGAACCCACCUGUGCAGACGAGACAUCCUGGGAGCAGAGGUCGGGGACCUUUCGUCACCCAGGUCACGAUAGGGGAGCAUCAACAGAAUGGGACGAAAGUGUGAAUAUUAGCUUUAGGGUAUGUUGUAUGUUACGUCCGGUAAUUCAUAUCUGAGUAUUUUAGCGUUGAGCUGGUUAAUGACUUUGUAAAAUUUCUAGCAAAAUCGUUCAAAAAAGAGCAAAUCAGGUGAACAUUUCCGUAUGUUUGAUGCCUUUUUUCGACAAUGUGUGACAAUGAAUAAAUAAGUAAUGGAGAACCAAUUUCUUCUGUUUCAUUCUCAAUCGCUUUGUGAAAAAUUGAUUUUCGAAAAAAAAAUCUAUGUUUCUGUAAAAAUCGAUUUUUCUAUUAGUUAUAUAUUGUUAUAGUAAAAUUAGUAAAUCAACCUUAACCAUUUAUCAGAAUGAAAAUCAAAUGAUACGAUGAGUGUUAAAAUAACCACGACAUCCUUUUGAUUUCAAAACUAGAAAACAAAAACAAACGUUUUUCAAAUAUCACAUUUAAAAUAAAAAAAUCAGUCCAAUUAAUGACACAUCAAAAAACCAAUGCAAGACAAAAAACUUUUUUGAACUUUGAACAAUAAAAAAUUGACACAAAUGUUCAGUCGAGUACCAUUUAACAUUUGACUAUAAUGAAAAUAAUAAACAAUAUGUAUAAUAACAAAACCAGAACGUUAUGGUUUCGUAACUAAAAUACUAAAUAUUGAUUUUUAUAAUCUUUCCCCUAAAAUACGGUUUCGUGGUUUCCCGAUCAUAUUUCUCGCUUUGAAAAAUAAUCUUUCAGCUGGCAGAAUACAGUUUUACUGUUAACCAAAAAUUAAUGUUUAACUUCCUAAAAGAAAAAAAAAUCGUAUGAAAAGUUAUGGAACUGCUUUAUAUACACACAAAUUAAUGGCGUCGUCUUUUAUCGACUUAUUCAUGUUAGUGAACUGUGAACUUGCUUCGAGUUUUGCGUCUGUCGUAUAGAUGGCGCUAUUUACAAAAAUCGAUUAAAACAUGUAAUUGGUUAGUUAAAAAUCAAUUAUUAUGAUUAAAAAAAAGGAUUGUUAAAAACCUAUUAUGAGUAAAAUUUCCUGUAUCAGUUUCAGACUGACAUCUCGUUUGUUUUUAGAUUCACAGAUAUAUGUAUGUUUCUCAGUUUUGUCUCGAUGCCUCGAAAAUUGUUCGUUACAUAUGAGUUUUUUACAAUUAUAUUGCUUGUCAGUGUCAGUAUGAAAACUUGCAUUGGGGUUGCAACUUGAGUUUACUUUUAGUUGAUUUUCGAUUUAGCAAUGAAAAUAAAACGGCUCUUCCUAAUUUUUUGAUAAGAUAUCACUACAAUACAGGGUUGGUAUACCCGUUCUCAAAAGAGCUAGAUUUUUGAAAUUACAUGACAUAUGCAUUGCUUUGAUUUUGUCAGAUAAGUCAUAUGUUUGCUUGUUACUUUAAAAAUGUUGGGUUUUUAAGAACAUGGGUACUACCUAUAUCGAGGUUAGAAAAACUAUUUUAGCUUUAAAUUGUAUGUGGGACUUCUAGAAAUUUUAGAAUCAUAUUUAAAAGUGAUCUGUGAUAUAUAGGGCAAAUAUGCCACUAGAUGAAAUAUUAUGAAAGUAUUAGUUUAUUGCUAGUAAUAAAUGAAGCUUGCAUCAAUCAUAAAUUAUUUCGCAUUAUCAGGACUUAUUAUUGAAUUUUAAUGAAUUAAAUAUUUUUUGUCUCUUACAAUCAUUUUGUUUUCAUACACACCAGUUCAACGCAAAACAACUGAAAUCAUUUUUUUAAAAGUUCCUGAUGGAGCGUGAACGCUUAUGUCACGGGACACAAUGCAUUGUAUUGUAUCACGUGACAAAGCGGGUUGUAGUACGUCAGCUCACUUCUAUUGUUAUUGCAUCCCCCAUUAUGUAAUUUGCAUGAAAAUAUUUUGUUCUAUCUUUAUGUGAUUAUUUAUUGAUGCAAAUACAUCAUUACAUAUAAUGUAAAAGUGUCAUAGUUUUUCCUCUAAUUGAUCAUUUAUACACUAAAUUGGUUCAUAAUUUGCGUAGGAAUACGCACGCCAAAAUAUGCGCUGGUAUAACAUUAAUAAUUUAUAAAUUGACAUUUUCCAUUAUGGUUUACAUUGAAAAAAAUUAAAUUCUUACAACACAAACAUACCUAAUACAUACCUAUUGCUACCAUAGCUUUACAGAUAAUGACAAGCUAUGGUAGAUAAUGGUAUGUAUACUUGUUGUAAUAAAUAUUACUCAAAAGAGAUAGAAUACAAAUAUUAACUUUAUAAGAGCAUUAAUAGGAAAAAUCAUGAAGUCAAAUGCAUUCAUCAUGUAAAUACAAGUAUGUAGCAAGGUUACUUCGUAUAUGUUAUUUAUAUCAUUAAAAUAGAUUUGUAUACUUGAUUAUUAGUGGAAAAACUAUGCGAAGUAUACAAAGUGUGUUCGUAAGUAUGCUCAAAUGUUUACAAAACUUGAAUGGCGAGUCUUACACAGAGUGCCAUAUCCACUUGGCUACUUUUCAAUAAUGCAUCUUUACGAACAUACUAUGCAUCUGUUGUGCCAUUGAGGUUAAAUCCCUUUUGUAAACACUUUUUUAUAUAAUGAAACUUAAUUUUAUUUCUCAAAUACUACAAUAGAUUUGGUUCCACAAGCUCAAUGUGUUAGUACUAAUUGUUCAUAUUGCUUGAAUAGUGGAAUUAUCUUUAUAAACAAUCACAUUCAUUUGGAAACUAUGUGCAUUGUAAAACCAAACAAAAUGGUAGUCUACACAGAAUAAUUGUAAAUAUUAACUGAUAUAGUAUUAUGAAAAUUCCAUAUGUGGUUUUUGAAACACUGUAUAUUUUUGAGGCUUUAUAGUCGUACAAGCUGUUUUUAGAUAUGUAUUGAGGCUUGAUGCCAUUUUUAAUUAUAUAAAUUUCUAUUCUGUAUAUAAGGCCUAUAUUUUAUAUUACUGUACAUAAUCAACUAUAC